UCCACAGUAAAAUCAUUUUCCUGACGGCAAACUUAACCUCUUGGAAGGAAAAUCAUACCGUUGGACACAGUGAUACGUGCGUUGUUGUUGCGAAAUGCAAAUUAUGUACAACUUUUCGGAGCAUCUCAAUGUAGGCCGAAUUUGCUCGAGCGAUAAAAUAAAGUGUUUCAAAGUGAUAACUUGAGAUAUGAUAAGGAUCGUUCCGUAAUACCAAGUGAUUGCAGAUUCGUACAAGGUGCUAAACAGCUGGGUUGCUAGGCUGGUGUCUGGGCGAGCGAUGAACAUACUCCGGAUCCUGAUCCCGUGUGCGUUGCAGCGAGGUGGAGAGAGCGAAGGACAGGGCGUGGGUGGAGGUUGUUGGUUGACGGGAGGCAGGAGAGGGGAUGAUUCUUGCAUGACCCAGAGGAUGGGAGCUUCAGCUUCUUCUAGUCCCGCCGCUAUCGGUGGAGACCCAAUCCAGGCAGCUAGGCUUUCAUCCACUGGUAAUCCUGAUCAAUUGGGCAUCAUUGUUCGCGAGAGAAAGAAGAAAGUAACAGGAUUUGCAACAUUACGAAAGAAAUUUAUCAGAAGGCGACGUUCGUCGAAAGCGUGCGACCAUGGAAGAGUUAUCAGAGAAUUAGUCUCGAGUUGGAGCCCCCUCGAAGCUGGUGCACUUUUGGAAGAAUACGAGGCGUUAGCUGCUCUGAAAGAUUUACACGUACAAGCUGAGCUCGCAAGACCUCCAGCUGCAACUUUUAAACAAGAUCUAUCUACGUUGUAUGAUUAUAAGCAUUGUACCGAUGCUGACCUCGUCUACCGAGGAGCAUGUUUUCCAGUACAUAGAGCACUCCUAUCGGCUCGGUGCCCGUACUUCAGAGAACUUUUAACAGGCUGUCCAGGAUACGGUGCUCGAAUAUGUCUGGAGUUAAGAACACCUGGAAUAGAUGUUCAGAUGUUUUCUGCACUCCUACGUUAUUUAUAUACAGGAGACAUCUGUCCCCACGACGCAUCUCUUGAUAUAGCUCUUCUCCGGCGAUUAGGAGAGGAGUUUGGUACACCAAAUCCCCUUGAACAUGAUCUCAGAUACUUAUUAGACACCGGUGAUUACGCAGAUGCUGCAUUGGUCUUCACCUCUGAUGGUGACUACCAGAGGCCUGAUAGUGGGAGUUCGGAGUACGGAUUCCGACCAAAGUUGGAGCUACCUUGUCAUAAAGCGAUACUAUCUGCUAGAUCACCAUUUUUCAGAAACUUGAUACAAAGACGAACCAGAUCAGGGGAAGAUCACACAGAAAGAGCACUUCAUAUACCCACUAGAAUAGUCCUAGACGAAUGUGUGAUACCCAAGAGAUAUGCAAGAGUAUUGCUUCAUGCUGUCUACUUGGACACAGUUGACUUAUCAUUGAUACUAAGAGGCAGUGGGUGUGGAAACAGUGCAGGGAGCCUGGGAGAGGUGCAGGCGCUAACACAUACAGGAAGAGUGAGACCAAGUCCUUUAGAAGAAGCUAUGGAACUCUAUCAAAUAGGCAGAUUCCUCGAACUCGACAUACUCUCUCAAGGCUGCGAAGAUCUCAUACUGGAAUGGCUCACCUUAGACUCUCUUCCUACCGUGCUUAAAUGGGGGAGUCAACCACAUGGCUCGGCAUGGGUUCACAGGCAGGCGUUACAUUUUCUGAGAGAAGAAUUUCAACCUAUUGCGUCAUCUCCGGUUCUUCACCAAUUGGAUCGUGCACAUCUUAUGAGCAUCCUCCAGAGCCAUUUUCUACAAGCAAGUGAGCUUGAGGUAUUACAGGCAGUCCUCAGAUGGGGUGAACAGGAGUUGGUUCGCCGUAUGGAAGAUCGAGAACCCAAUCUCCUUAGUCAUACCGCACAUUCGGUCACUAGAAAAGGAGUCAAGAAACGAGAUCUAAGUGACGUUGAAUUACGGGAAAUACUCAGCGAACUGUUACCCCUUGUUCGAAUGGAUCAUGUCCUACCACCAAGUAGUGAAAUUUUGGCUCAAGCUAUUCGAAGAGGUCUAGUAUCCACUCCACCAAGUCAUAUGAUAGGUGAUGAGCGAGAAAACUUGAGAGUCAAUGCUUGGAUUAGAGGUGGCAAAAACAAUGGCCUUUUUGUGAGGCCUCGAUUAUUCAUGCCAUACUACGAGGAGAUAAAGGCUUUAGUUGAAGAACAGUUAGUUCAGGAAGCAGAAUUGGUAAGGUUACGAAGAGCACGCUACAUUCCUGACAUCCCGGACACUCUUUAUAUGGUCGAGGACAAACCAAGGUCAAUGGGUGCUGUUGGUCUUGAUAUUUUAGCUGCAGCUCUGCCAGUUCCAGACUCAGCAACCAUGUCUGCUAUGCUUAAACGAGAACAAAAAUUAAGACAAUCUCCUAGUUGUCAGCGUGCGGUUAGUCUGCCUCUGUCGUCGCGACAUGAAGUGAACCGACAAGUACGGUUGCGUGUUGUAAGAGAGUUCAAUCUACCUGAUCCAGUUGCAGAUCUUCUUGAGAAUGCAGCCUGUUAUCGCAUAGGUGAUCCAGACGAAAAUAUAACAGGAGUAGAAGAGAUCAACAGUGGAAAUGUAGGAAGUAACGUGGGGAAUGUUGCUCCAGUAUGCUAUGGUAGAAACAUGACGUUUCCUCGUCAAGCAUCAACUUAUUCGCACAGACAUGAACUUCCAGCAAUUGUUACUGAAGGAGAGAACUAUAGACUUCCUGGAGAGCAGCCUGAGAACAAUUCGUGCAGCGACGGACAUUUGUCGGACAUAAUGCCAGAUGUAGCUAUGGCAACUGCAUCAUUCGGUGCCCUCCAAUUGGCUGAGCAACAGGAGUUGGAGCUGGAUCUUGGAGAUGGGGCCUCGCAUCUCCUCCAGCAUGCUCCCGUUUCUGCAGGAACAGUCGGGCCCCAUCAUCCAUUGCUUCCUCAUCAACGCCAAAGACGUUUUCCAGGCCCACCUCCGCCGUAUGCUCAUCACCGUCCAGGAACUGGCCCGUCUAGGAAGACUGUACAACGGAGGUAGAUUACCUGAUGACCUACAGGGGGCGUCAGUCGUAUCGGACCAAUGUAACUACUAACCACUUAACUUUAGUGGACUCUAGUAUAUAUAACACUGGUGAUGCUAGCACAUUUAAGAUGCCCAGCAUUGAUGCGAUGUCAGCCAACUGUCUCUAUUUCUAUUUCCCGUAAUUACUUUCUUUGCUAAAUUUCAAUAAUAUUUAUCUCAGGGCGCCCGGUGUGCUUGGUGUAAGUAAUCCUUUAUAAUGUUGAGAUAAGAUUGUUGUUAUUAUUAUUAUUUAAAAAAAAAAUGAUCUACUUUACCCCAAUUUUUUUACAACGAUCUUUGUGAGUUCAUGGAAGUAAGAGGACAUCAAAAUUUUUUAGUGUGAAGUUACGUACUUGUAGUCUAACAAAAUAGUCGCACAACGAUUGAAGAAUCAAGUCACGUUUUGGUUUUGUAUUGAAAAACGUUUCGAAUUUAUUCAGCGUUACUUGUGGCCAUUGUGAUUCAUUGGUGAAGUGGGGCUGUAAAGACAGCAGAAAAUUAAUGAGUUCUGAUUUUCAAAACUUCAGAAAAAUUAUUAAAAUUCUUAUGACAAUAAAAUUCAGCAGUGCAAAUUGCAUUUAGUUUUUCGGUAACCAACAGCUUAUUAUUUAAGUCGAAUUACAAAUGCCGAAAAUUUCAUCAUAUACCAUGUUGUGAUUAAACAUAUAAAAAGAAAAAUAAUGAUACAGAACUGACGUGAGUCUCAAAUAAGCAUGCUGUCGUUCACACAAAUGUACAAUUAGCCUUUAGGAUUAUAACUUAAGGAUUGGAUUGGUAACACUUUUGAGUGGAAACCUAAAACCUAAAACAGUUGCCUUAAUAACAGUACGCUUAUGACUCUUGAUCAAACUGAAAUAUGUAGACUACUGGUAUGUAAGGUCACAGUAGACACGAGAAACAUAUAGAAAAAUUAGACUGUAGCUCGUGUAAUAUCAAAAUAUGUCUAAAAACUAUUGUCCCAACCCAUGACUUACACUGCCUAAUGAAGCAACUUAAUUUUCCUAUUACUCGUGAUCUAUUCUAUAAUCUCUUAUCCAAGUUGUUGUAAAAUUGUUACUGAACCAAGGUAUUUUGUGUUAAUCACAGCUAUUUGUCAAGCAGAUCCCAUAUUUAAUUUUACGUUUCCAGUUUAUUAGUCGGAUACUUUUAUUCCGUUCAAAAUUAUUCCCCCUCCACAUUAUUGGUUCUUCAUUAUGUAGCAUAUAAGGCAAAAAAUUGUUAUUUCGAAUGUAAUAGGUUGACGUUUCGUAGUUAUUAAAGUUUUUCAAAUAUCAUUAUUAUUGGUGCUGUACGUAUGUCAGGUAAAUUUGAGGCAAUUUUUUGUAUCAUGUAGCUAGUUACUGUAAAUCUAAUUAACUUCUCAUUUGUUCCUAUUCCUAUGGAUUUAAUGAUUGUCUAAAAAAAAGUUUUGCCUUCUCACAUUAGACUUCCAUUUAUCAUGUGUACAUUUUUUCAAACAAAUUUUUUAUUUAAUAUAGAUUUAUUAGUGAUGUUGCCAUGUCUUAUAAAGACCUUUACAGUAUCCAACCCAUUUUAUAGUCAACUUUACAUUCUUGCCAAAUAAGAUCAUGGUUCUUGCAUCAUAGCUCGAACAAAUAAUUGCUACGCUGUAACACUGCCUGUGUUCUUUUAUACCAGUUUCUUUCUUAAGGGGCACAUUUUUGGAGAUACAGUGGCAUACACAUCACAUGAAUAAUAAGAUUAGUCAUAAAGUUCCAAUGGCUAAAUUCGACAUGUAUCUAUAGUAUGUUCUACAAUGUAGCAAAUAGGGGUAGUUUUAGCUUAUCAGAGAGGAAAUUACUUGUGGAAACUUGAAGGUAAUGCUUCCAUUUUGCAAAUUCAAAUUGUUAAUGCUAAAUUUUUAUAAUGAAAUUUCGAAGUUUCCCGUUGCAGAAUUACAUAAUUUUUUUCCUGUAUAACAAGCCGUACAUUUCUACAAUUUUACUUUCUCAAAGCUUUUAAAAUGAAAAAAAAAACUUGUACAGAUUUGAAUAGGACUGUCGUUAUAUUUCUUUUUUUCCCGGAAACAUCACCUUUCAAGGUACCUUAUACACUUCAAAUUUUAAUGUAAAUACUGAAAAGCAAUGUUCAGGUACAUAACUGAAUUGUACAUAAUUUAGUGUAAUUAUUAUAAACCCAAGUGUAAGGUCGAAGCUAGAAUAGAUAAGGAGAUCGUACUUAAAAAUUGAAUAAUAAACUCUUUGUUUAGAUUUA